AUGGCGAGAAGGUUAAUCAGUAGCUUGAUCGGGAAGAUCGUGGGAAUAUACUUAAACACACCAAAAUUUAUGGAUCCUUAUGGAUCUUUUGUUUCGAAAGUAGCGGUAUCGAAAGGCGAUUUCGAAGUGGUUUUUGUGUGUUAUAAUGCUAUACAUGAAGAGGAAUUCAAUGACUAUUUCGCAAAAAUGCCAUGGCUUGCAAUCCCAUUCCCGGAGACAAACGACAUAAAGCAGCGGUUGAGGAAGUGGUUUCGUAUGCGGGAUUGUGGUCUUAUUAUUAUCCACUCCAAUGGAGAGAUUUUAACUCAAGAGACGGCAAACCAUAUGACAGAGUGGUUUGGAGAGGAUGCCUAUCCAUUUACGCAAGAAAGAUUCAAUUUCCUGAAAGACCAAGUUGAGGCUUCUAAGAGAAAUCAAUCCAUAACUUCUCUUCUGAUCUCUAAAUCCCGGGAUUUUUUACUUUCAAACCAUGGCAAUUAUCAGGUCAAACUUUUUGUUGCGCUCCCUGUCUCUGAGUGUGAACUUGUUGGGAAAACAGUUUGCCUCUAUUUUGGUGAUAAUCAUCUCAAGAGUAAUGAUGGUCGUUAUAGUCCAUGCCCUGAAUUUACUUUCCUACUUGUUUAUGUCUACAAUAAACUCAAGGAGAAAGGUGAGAAAUUUGAGGUCGUCUUUUUAUCGUGUGAUCAACAAAUUGAAGAGUUCAAACAAGGACUUGAAAUCAUGCCAUGGUUGACGUUGCCGUUCAAAGACAACAUGGCCGUAAGUCUAUGGCAUUACUUUGAUUUUCGAUCUGACCAGCAUACCCCUCAGCUAGUCAUAAUAGGUCCAGAUGGAAAGACUUUAAACAAGAAUAAUGUUGUUGCACUCAUUGAAGAAUAUGGGAUUGACGCCGACCCUUUUACUCAAGAGAAAGUUGAUGAGCUUGUCAAAGCGAAGGAAGAAGUCCCGCAUACAUUGGAGUCGCUGUUAGUUUACGGAGAUAAAGAUUUUGUUAUCAGAAAAAAUGGCUGUAAGGUAUUGGUAUCGGAACUUGUUGGAAAGAACAUUCUGCUCUUUAUUAACCAAUAUGAACAGUUGGAGACUCCGAAGUUCACGAAAACGCUUAUCAGGACAUAUCUUGACAUCAAAGCAAACAAAGACAAGGCAUUGGAAGUCAUCUUCAUUGCAGCAAAUAUUGAAGAUGAAUGGGCGUUUGAUGAAUGCUUCUCUCGCAUGCCUUGGUUAGCCCUGCCGUACAGAGAUGCAAGGAAGAAGCGCAUCCAACGAAUUUUCCAACUUGUUAGGUGUCCUACAAUCAUAGCGAUUGACACCUCCGGUCAAGUAGUCACGAACAUUACCAGCUUUCACCACCCCAUAAUCAUGCAUGGGGCUGAGGCUUACCCAUUUACUGAGGAGCGUUUCAAGUAUAUGAAGAAAGAGGUUGAUAAAAUGGCAAAAGGGUCAUGGCCUCAGAAAUUGAAGCAUGAGCUCCAUGCCGAACAUGAGCUUCUACUAAUGAAGGAUCGUCAACUUUAUACUUGCAGUGCCUGUAUGGAGUUCGGAACAAGAUGGACUUUCUUCUGCAAGCAAUGUAAAUUUAAUCUCCAUCCAAAGUGUGCUUUGGAUAAACAAUCAAUAACAUUGGAGUGA